GAGAACGUCGGCACAGCAGACUUUUAUUCUCCUGAAGACUUCAACUAGUCUCAACACACCCACCACCAUGUACAAGGCCGUGCUGAUCCUCGCCGUCGCCGUGCUGGCCUGCGCCAACGCCGGAGUGAUCCUGGGCGCCCCCGGCCUGAUCGGCGCCCCCGGCCUGAUCGGCGCCCCCGGCCUGAUCGGCGCCCCCGGCCUGAUCGCCGCCCCCGGCCUGCUGGCCGCUGCUCCGGCGGCCGUGGGCAUCGCCCCAGCCCCGGGCUACGUGGCCGUCACCAGGGGAGCCGUGCACGUGGCUCCUCUGCCGGGCAACGUGCCCUAUGCCAGCCACCACGUGAACCUGGCCCCCGCCCCCGGCACUCUGUGAGCGGCGACACCACCCACCUCCUCGCUCCCUCCUCCUUAUUGUUCAUAAAUAAACUACAGUAAUGUUUUCAACUAUAUCGGUAUUUUUCUUCCUUCCCCACGACUAAAGGAUGCUAAGGGCCGAAUUCAGAAUUGUCCUACGAAAGUACAUCCCACUCAUUCACCUGGAAGCCUCUCCACCUCUUGUACUUCAUAAAUGCCUUUCAAGUGAAUGCCUGUUACCAUUUGCUUUCAGCAGAGAUCUGGCAACACUGCAUCAAAUUUUCUGAUGUUGAACUUUUGAAGAGUGCGUGUGAUAAACAGAGAUAGGAAAGGAUCCAGAUGGAGCUUAAGGUCUGUUUCUGAGGGGGAGGGGGGGGGUUAGGGGGAGGGGAUGAAGCCUUGAGAAGAGGAGAAAUCAGUAACCUUCACUUUCUUAUAACGGCCUUUUACUUGCAAAUCUAUUCGCUGUACUAGUAUUUGUAGUUACAAGACCUCAUUUUUCAUGAUUUAUGGAACGUAGCGAAUCUUUACGUUCUUUAAAAUUGGAUUACAUCAGAAAUAUGACUUUUUUCCUAGAACAAAAAUUGUACAAGAGUCGACUUAGGUCAGAGAAGUCUGUAAUGCAUUUUUUGUCUUCCUGCUGUAGUGUAUGAAAGCCUAAGGCAAUGUAAAGAAGAGAUUGAAGCAAAACCUUAACAGACUGGGAAAAUAUAUUUUCACGAGUUAAGUAUGCCUAUCAUAUUAUGUAAGUUUAAUGUUAAAUUUGGCCUAAUAUGUGUUUUGUGUAUAAUUUCAUACCAGAUUUCAUGGCAGUACGCAGCAACACAGUAGACAUUUAUGUGGUCAAUAUAUGGGGAAUAAAUUAAAAAAACAAUCAGAUUAAACUCGGUGAAAAUUACACAAUGCCUGAAAAUAUUUUUGACUAUCAGCUGUGACAUAUUACUGUCACUAAUGAUAAGACAUAAAUAAUGUUCAUAAACAAAUAUCUAUUGUUAAUGCCAUUUUAAUUGUGUUAGUUACCAAGCCUGUGCAAAUACUAGUUUUAAGAUGUAAAGCGCAUAUCAAAUCAAAUUUUAAAAUAUUUGCAAAAUCAAAUCCAAUUGCAAAAUAAUUGUUCUUGGCGAAGCUGUAUUACAAUUAUUUUUAUAAAAUACAAGAUUAAAAUAAAACUUUUUUUUUUAUAAAUGUUUGUGA